UUUCUAGCUCUUUCUCCUUCUCUUCCUUCAUGCUUUAUUAGAGUUGACAACAAACACUUUUUGUUACUUUCAACACUUGUUUUUCGCCAGUUUUCAUUUGCUCACAGCAAAAUGAACAAUGAUCUACACCAACAUCAUACUGUUCCAAACUUACCCGAUUCAGUCAAUUAGUCAAUCAACAUUCAAUUGCUCCGUGAAUAAUUUUGUUUGCUAACAAUCCCUACUUCAAACAAUCCCCAUCCAAUAUCUUUUCAAUCUUUUCGACUCCUUUUAAUCGAUAUCAGUAAACAUUGUAAAAUUUAGCAACAACUUCUAUUAUUUACCGAUAAUUGUCUUUGAUUACCUAUCUACCCAUUAUCCUCUGAUAUAUACCCUACCCUUACUAUAAAUUGUCAUGACACUGACAGUGGUGCAAGUAGCGAUGCUUAUUAAUUUGACAUUUUUCAAAAUGAUUUCCAAAGUGAUGUUGAACUUUGUCAUACUUUUCUUUUCCCCAGUUUUACCUAAACCUUUGCUUGAAAGUUUACCAACUUUACCUCCAACUUCACCGGUAACCUAUCUUUACUAUUCGUAUGAACCUGGACUCGCAACAUCAUGGAAAAGGAAACAGAUAACUUUCACAAGUAAUUUUAUGACUGAAAUGGCCCCCAACACUAAGAUUCGUCAGCAUGAGGAUCGUACUUUUUACGCAGAUCCUUUUGUCUCCCCUGAUAACCCAUUGAAAACUAUUGACAACCCAAUUACUAAGCCAUUGGAAACUCUGGUAUCGUUUGAAUCAAAUGGUGAAAUGUUACCAAGUUCACCGAUAAACAAUAAUGGUAUCGUAAUUAAUCAAUCAACUGUUUUCCUCGGUGGCUCUUGUAAUCCAACAACAUGGAGAAAAGAUAUUGCCAUACCUAUGUUAAAAGCUUUAAACAUAACUUACUACGAUCCGCAAAAAGACCAUUGGGAACCCGAAUUGAUUGAAUUAGAAGAUAAAGCUAAAAAGAAUGCUGAGGUUUUAUUCUUUGUUAUUGACAAUCAAACUCGAUCGAUUGCAUCCAUGAUUGAAGUUAGCUUCAUUGCUGCAACAACCAAGAAACUUGUCCUCGUCAUUGAUCUUUUCCCAAGUCUGGAACCAAUUAUUAAUGGAGAACCAAUCUCACAAUAUGAACAUGAUAUUCUCAAAGGUGGACGCAAACUGUUAAUGAGACUAGUUGAACGUAAAGGAAUGCCUGUUUUCAAUCAAAUACCUGCAGCUCUUAAUUAUAUUCCUAUUAUGAUUGCAAGGAACGCCAAAUCUCGAAAUGAAGCAAACCUUUCAUUUAAAGGUACUGAUGAUCGUCAACUAUCUGCAUUACAUAUGCUUACAUCAAUCCUCUCAUCGUAUGAAUUAAUCAAAAUUAAAGAAGUCUACGAUUCUUGUGCUGAUUAUUCUGGUAGCCUGUCUUUAUUGGACACUAAAUUAGCGUAUUUAAUGUUGACUGGAAAAGAAUUAGAUGAAACUUCUGUUCAAAAUCUAUUGGAAUUGGAAGCUUCUGAUAACAUUACCAAAGAAAACUACUUUUCUAACCAAUAUAACUUUAAUCAUCAUAAUGUUCACCAUAAUCAUCAACAAUCCAACCUGUUUACCUCUAGAUAUCUUCAUCCAAAUGUGAAUCGUUCUGUUGAUCAAAAUGUUCACCAAAAUCAGUACCACAUAAAUCACAAUCACCUCAAUCAUAGUCAUAAUAACCAUUAUCAUAGUAACUAUCAUCUCCAAACAAGCCAAAAACAUCUCAAUCAUCAUAACUCACAGCCUAAUGCUCAUCACCACAACAAUAUCUCCAAUGAAUCUAAUUUGUUAACAAUGGGCUCAUCAAUAACAGUCAACUUUAAACAGUUCUGUACCUUGAUAUUUGAUUAUCUACAAUCAACCAAAUUCACCAAAUCAACUUCUGAUGGAAGCACACCUUUCGUAAACAUUUCUUCCUCACACACACCACCAGCAUCGCCAUCCGUUAAUCUAUUGACUUCUCUAGUCAAUUUACCUCAAUUAGAUGGCUAUAAUCACAAUUAUAGCUCUAAACAAGAAGAUCUUAAUGGAAAUAAUUGCAAGGAUACAACCGAUUCUCAACGGACAACCAAAGCUAAAGAUAUUUACCUUGCUGGAUCUGACAAUCCAAAAGGCUGGAGGACCAGCAUUGCCAUUCCUAUGAUAGACCAAUCUAAUUUAACUUAUUCCAUGCCAAAUAUAAACUCAUCCACUGAUUGGAAUAUAACGGGAAAUGAUUUAUGCUCACUUGAAAGUUGCCGAGUUUUACUAUUCGUUAUUGGUGGCCAAAGACCUGAACUGGAAAACAUGAUCUUGGCUCCACAUUAUUUUGGUCAAAAAUUUAAAGUUGUCUUAUGUGUACAGCCAAUACCUACCGAGAGCAUUGCUCAAGAUAAUCAGAUUUCCAUCGCAGCGAUUGGCGAUUAUAAUCGGGGACGAGCGUAUUUAUCUGAAAUGGCUCGAAAGGAGAACAUUGAAGUGUUUGAAAAUUUAGAGGAAGCCGUCAAAUGUGCCAUUAAAGCCGCUAAAAGCUGCCUAAACUGAACAACCAACAUUCAUAGAGUUAUGAAGCAAUACAACUGUUUUCUGAAUUAUUUUGUUUUCAUGCUUCUGGUGGUUUGGAUACAGAUAUAAAAUAAUGUCCCCCUCAUGUUGAUUCAAUUGUAAUAUUUAAACCCUGUAACCAUAUCAUGAACAAAAAUAUCUAUUUAAUUAUGCUAUGUUAAUUUACUUGAUAUUGAAAUAUGCUGCUUAAAAUAAUGUAAUUAAGUUUCUACAUUUGAAAUAUACCUCACAUCAUUGUUUAAAA